GGUCGGUUGUCUUUUACGCGCUGGUGCCUGAGGCCCGGAGCUGCGAGGCCUCGUCGCUUGGCGGAGACGAUGGGUGCCGUGGCGUGGAUGUCCUGAGAGCCGGAGCCGCCCGCCACCACCCUCCACCCUCGUCGGGGGUAGGGCGGAGAGGAGGAGCAGCCGCGAGCGUGAGCGAUGGUGCCCGGCGAGGAGAACCAACUGGUCCCGAAAGAGGAUCUGUUUUGGCGAUGCAGACAAAAUAUCUUUGAUGAAAUGAAGAAGAAGUUUUUACAGAUAGAAAAUGCUGCUGAAGAACCUAGAGUCUUAUGUAUAAUACAAGAUACUACUAACUCGAAGACAGUGAAUGAACGGAUCACUUUAAAUUUACCAGCAUCUACUCCCGUCAGAAAGCUCUUUGAAGAUGUGGCCAACAAAGUAGGCUACAUAAAUGGAACUUUUGACUUGGCAUGGGGAAAUGGAGUCAAUACUGCUGAGAUGGCUCCACUGGAUCAUACCAGUGACAAGUCUCUUCUUGAUGCUAAUUUUGAGCCAGGAAAGAAGAACUUUCUGCAUUUGACAGAUAAAGAUGGUGAACAGCCUCAAAUACUAUUGGACCAUCAGUCUCCCUUUCCUCAUGUAAAUAGAACAUUUGAAAGAGAACUUAAAGUAAGCACUUUGGAAGGGGACAUGAGCACCUCCCCACAGCGUUCCGUGUCGAUCAUCUUUCGGUCCAGCCCACAGGAAAUGGAGGAUUCCAGUAACGUGGAUGACAGUGUUCAUGACAGGUUCAUAGGUCCACUUCCAAGAGAAGGUUCUGUGAGCUCUACCAGUGAUUAUGUCAGCCAGAGCUACUCAUACUCAUCCAUUUUGAACAAAUCAGAAACUGGAUAUGUUGGACUAGUAAACCAGGCAAUGACUUGCUAUUUGAAUAGCCUUUUGCAAACACUUUUUAUGACUCCUGAAUUUAGGAAUGCAUUAUAUAAGUGGGAAUUUGAAGAGUCUGAAGAAGACCCGGUGACAAGCAUCCCAUACCAGCUCCAGAGGCUCUUCGUUCUGUUACAGACCAGCAAAAAGAGAGCCAUUGAAACCACGGAUGUCACGAGGAGCUUUGGAUGGGAUAGUAGUGAGGCAUGGCAGCAACACGAUGUACAAGAACUAUGCCGGGUCAUGUUUGAUGCUUUGGAACAAAAAUGGAAGCAAACAGAACAGGCCGACCUUAUCAAUGAACUAUACCAAGGCAAACUAAAGGACUACGUGAGGUGUCUAGAGUGUGGCUAUGAGGGCUGGAGAAUCGACACCUACCUGGACAUUCCGCUGGUCAUCCGACCUUAUGGGUCCAGCCAAGCAUUUGCUAGCGUGGAAGAAGCACUGCAUGCCUUUAUUCAGCCAGAGACCUUGGAUGGCCCGAAUCAGUACUUUUGUGAACGUUGUAAGAAGAAGUGUGAUGCUCGUAAGGGCCUCCGGUUUCUGCAUUUCCCAUAUCUGCUGACCUUACAGUUGAAGAGGUUUGAUUUUGACUAUACAACCAUGCAUAGGAUUAAAUUGAAUGAUAGAAUGACAUUUCCUGAGGAGCUAGAUAUGAGCACAUUUAUUGAUGUUGAAGAUGAAAAAUCUCCUCAGACGGAAAGCUGCACUGAUAGUGGAGCCGAGAAUGAAGGCAGCUGCCACAGCGACCAGCUAAGCAACGACUUCUCCAAUGAUGACGGCGUGGAUGAAGGGAUCUGCCUUGAGAGCAGCAGUGCGACUGAAAAGAUCUCCAAGCCUGGACUGGAGAAGAGUUCCUUGCUGUAUGAGCUCUUCUCUGUGAUGGUGCACUCGGGCAGUGCUGCUGGAGGCCACUAUUAUGCUUGUAUCAAGUCGUUCAGUGACGAGCAGUGGUACAGCUUCAAUGAUCAGCAUGUCAGCAGGAUAACACAAGAGGACAUUAAGAAAACACAUGGAGGAUCCUCAGGAAGCAGGGGAUAUUAUUCCAGUGCUUUUGCAAGUUCCACAAAUGCAUAUAUGCUGAUAUACAGACUGAAGGAUCCAACAAGAAAUGCAAAAUUUCUAGAAGUGGAUGAAUACCCAGAACAUAUUAAAAACUUGGUGCAGAAAGAGAGAGAAUUGGAAGAACAAGAAAAGAGACAACGAGAAAUUGAGCGUAAUACCUGCAAGAUUAAAUUACUCUGUCUGCAUCCUGUAAAGCAAGUAAUGAUGGAAAAUAAAUUGGAGGUUCAUAAGGACAAGACAUUAAAGGAAGCAGUAGAAAUAGCCUAUAAGAUGAUGGAUUUAGAAGAGGUAAUACCCUUAGAUUGCUGUCGUCUGGUUAAAUAUGAUGAGUUUCAUGAUUAUCUGGAACGAUCGUAUGAAGGGGAAGAAGAUACACCAAUGGGGCUUCUCCUAGGUGGGGUUAAGUCAACCUACAUGUUUGAUUUACUGCUGGAGACAAGAAAGCCUGAUCAAGUUUUCCAGUCUUACAAACCUGGAGAAGUGAUGGUGAAAGUUCAUGUUGUUGAUCUGAAGGCAGAAACUGUAGCUGCUCCAAUAACCGUUCGUGCUUAUUUAAAUCAGACAGUUACAGAGUUCAAACAACUGAUUUCAAAGGCCACGGGCUUGCCUGCAGAGACCAUGCGGGUCGUGCUGGAGCGCUGCUACAAUGACCUGCGUCUUCUUGGCGCACCCAGUAAGACACUGAAAGCUGAAGGGUUUUUUAGAAGUAACAAGGUGUUUGUUGAAAGUUCUGAGACUUUGGAUUACCAGAUAGCCUUUACGGACUCUCGCUUAUGGAAACUCCUGGAUCGUCACGCAAAUACAAUCAGGUUAUUUGUUUUGCUACCUGAACAAUCUCCAGGAUCUUAUUCCAAAAGGACAGCAUACCAGAAAGCUGGAGGCGAUUCAGGAAACGUGGAUGAUGACUGUGAGGGAGUGAAAGGACCUGCCGGGAGCUUGAAGUCUGUGGACGCUAUUCUGGAAGAAAGCACGGAAAAGCUCAAGAGCUUGUCUCUGCAACAGCAGCAGCAGCUGCAGGAAGGAGAAAAUGGGGACAGUAGCAGAAGCACUGAGACAAGUGACUUUGAAAACAUCGAAUCCCCUCUCAACGAGAGGGGCUCCUCCACGUCUGUGGACCACAGAGAACUAGAGCAGCACACGCAGACUUCGGACCCGGAACAUUUCCAGUGCGAAGAACGCUCCGACUCCGAUGUGAACAAUGACAGGAGCAUGAGCUCAGUGGACAGUGACAUUCUCAGCUCCAGUCACAGCAGUGACACUCUGUGUAAUGCAGACAGUGCACAGAUUCCUCUGGCCAAUGGACUUGACUCUCACAGCAUCACAAGUAGUAGAAGAACUAAAGCAAACGAAGGGAAAAAGGAGACGUGGGACACAGCAGAAGAAGACUCUGGAACCGACAGUGAAUAUGAUGAGAGUGGCAAGAGUAGGGGAGAGACGCAGUACAUGUAUUUCAAAGCAGACCCUUACGCUGCCGACGAGGGCUCUGGGGAAGGACACAAAUGGCUGAUGGUGCAUGUUGAUAAGAGAAUUACUCUGGCAGCCUUCAAACAGCAUCUAGAGCCCUUUGUUGGAGUUCUGUCUUCCCACUUCAAGGUCUUCCGUGUGUAUGCCAGCAAUCAGGAGUUCGAGAGUGUCCGCCUCAACGAGACUCUUUCAUCGUUUUCAGAUGACAAUAAGAUUACAAUCAGACUGGGAAGAGCCCUGAAGAAAGGCGAGUACAGGGUGAAGGUGUGCCAGCUUCUCGUCAACGAGCAAGAGCCAUGCAAGUUUCUGCUAGAUGCUGUAUUUGCUAAAGGCAUGACGGUACGGCAGUCCAAAGAGGAGUUAAUUCCUCAGCUCAGGGAGCAGUGUGGUUUGGACCUCACCAUUGACAGGUUUCGGCUAAGGAAAAAAACAUGGAAGAAUCCUGGCUCUGUGUUUUUGGAUUAUUAUAUUUAUGAAGAAGAUGUUAAUAUUUCCAGCAACUGGGAAGUUUUCCUUGAAGUUCUUGAUGGAGCAGAGAAGAUGAAGUCCAUGUCACAGCUGGCCAUUCUCUCACGACGAUGGCGGCCUUCAGAGAUGAAGCUGGAUCCCUUCCAGGAGGUUGUGCUGGAGAGCAACAGUGUGGAUGAAUUGCGAGAGAAGCUGAGUGAAAUCAGUGGGAUUCCUGUGGAAGAUAUUGAGUUUGCCAAGGGUAGAGGAACUUUUCCCUGUGAUAUUUCUGUCCUUGAUAUUCAUCAAGACUUAGACUGGAAUCCUAAAGUUUCUGCUCUGAAUGUCUGGCCUCUCUAUAUCUGUGAUGAUGGUGCAGUCAUAUUUUACAGGGAUAAAACAGAAGAAUUAAUGGAGUUGACAGAGGAGCAAAGAAAUGAACUGAUGAAAAAAGAAAGCAGCCGACUGCAGAAGACCGGACAUCGUGUGACAUACUCACCUCGCAAAGAGAAAGCACUAAAGAUCUACCUGGACGGAGCGCCAAGCAAAGAUCUGGCCCAAGACUGACUGCGAGUGGAGCACUGUCCCUGGGGGAUUGUCCGUUGUAAUUAGACCGUCACUACCAGUGUGUAGUGCCGUGACAGCCGGACACGGCUGGGGAAACUCAGUGACACCAGCACUGGUUGGACUGCCCUUCACCAAUCAGAAGCUCAGUGCCCAACGGGCCACUGCUUUGAUUUGGAAUCAUGUUGUGCACUAGUCACAUGUACUGUAAAGUGAAAAAAGGGAUGUGCAAAAAUAAACACAAAGCAAAACCUGCUACUUUCAAAGGGGGAAGGGAAUGAGUCAAUUCUUUCAUUGCAGACUAAUGUGCACAUAGCCGCUAGUAAAACUAGCCUCAAACAGGAUGCUCAUAGCUUCAUAAUAAAAGCUGUGCAAAGGCCAUGAAUGAAUGAAUCUUCUGUUUAUUUCACUGAUACCACAUUACCUCAUUGACAAUUCAGAAGCAGAUGCAACUGUGCUGACUCUUGGAAAGCAGCAAAAAUAAAAAUAGGAGCUGAAGAAAGAGAUUCCUAGAACCAGCCAUAGCCCAGAAAAGGAUUGUGACGCUGUGUUUUCAUUUUGUUUCAUUUUUUGCAGAGUACUAAGAACCUACUCAUACCCUCCAGUGGACGCUCGUAGCAGGGGCAGCUCGGGCCGCUGCAGCCCUGGAAUUGUGUUUGAUUGUACCUAAGUUAUGGAGGUGGAGAGUAUGUGUCACCGCUCCUUCGCUGUGUAAACAGUCCUGUUGAGUGCAGCUGCAGGUCACCGGCCCCAGCCCCUCUUCUGCACCUCACUCAGGCUGUGCGUGGUGCACGCCGCGCGGGUCAGCAGCGUCUCAGCGAGGCGCCCAGUGCCCGUGCCCGGAGGGUUGGCCGGGCCCUUGAUGAGCGUUCUUGUACGGCAGCCUCAGUAGUUUUUCUCUGUGUACAUUUCUUUUUGAUUUGCCUCAAGUUUGAGUCUUCUAGAAUGCUUGUAAGUUCCAUUUUCAUUUUUAGAGUCCAUGUGUAGUUACAUGUAGUUCAACUUUGGGAAAACUCAUCAUUUGGAAUGAACUCGCUAGGAAGGCCAUAGUAUAGACUGAUGCCACAUGAUUUCAGUGCAAAGUCUGUUAGAGUCAGCAGGUUCCUGCUUUGCUAAAGAAACUACAGUGAACACAGUUCUACAUAAACUCUGAAAUAUGAUCUAAUUUAUAAAAAUAAAAAGGUUUUGGUAAAACUUUUUCAUGCCAGAUGCUGUUUACGACAGUGAACAUGCCAAUAAAACGUUUGUUCAUUC